AUGCAGUCCAAGUCGGAUAGUGCCCGGACGACGGGGCAUCCGCCCGACAGUGCAGAUCUCCCGAGUCAUAGCGCGGGAGACGGACGAGUUGAUCACCACCCCCCGUUGAAAGUCGACCCCCCAGACAGGGUCUACCCAGUCCGAUCGAUGGUCUCCGUCGAGCCCUCGCCCUCCAACCAACACCCCCCGCCGGGAGGAUACACUGAAGUCGCUUCCCCGGGGAAAGGCGCCCAAACAUACUCAAUCAUCGACUCGAGAACAUGGGACGAACUGCGAUCGCGAUCGCAAUCCAGGAAGUCCUCCCGGGUAAGCGCAUCGAGCAUUGAGGCCGUUCGGACGGCCCUUUCGCCCCCCUCAGCGACGGAAUCCGCCAGCCCGGUUGUGGAGAAGGGCGAUCCGUUGCAGGAAAAUGAUGGAGAGGUCGUCCCCGAAGGUCACGUCACGUCGCGGUUCAAGCACGUGUUAACCGAGGGGGGCCAUGCUGUCGUGACAGGGCGCGUCAACGAGUCGUUUCAAGAGUGCGAAGACGAGCCGAUCCGCACCCCGGGAGCUGUGCAGAGCUUUGGUGUGUUGGUUGCCCUGAAGGAGGAACCCGAUGAUGUAUUGUCGGUUCGUGUGGUGAGCGAGAACUCGGAAAAAAUCCUCGGCCACUCGCCCAACAGCCUGUUCGCCAUGAAGUCGUUCUGUGACAUCUUGUCCGACGAGCAAGCGGACACUCUUUUAGACCACGUUGCGUACGUCCGCGAGGAAGGCUUUGAUGCCGAGACCGAUGGCCCGGACGUUUUCAUCCUAACGAUUAACAAACCCACGGGACCGUCAGUCCGGCUCUGGUGCGCGGUUCACGUCAAUCACGUCAACCCGGACAUCGUCAUUUGUGAGUUUGAGCUCGAGGACGACCGUCUCAAUCCGCCUAGCCAAUCCGUAUCAAGCUCUCCGGGCGCGCCGGUCGAUACAUUGCGUGCCAAUCCGACACCCGAACAGCUAGCGGAAAGCACCAUGGACAUCAGCCAACCGUUGCGGGUUUUGCGCAACUCGCGGCGACGGCGGGGAGAGACCGCCUCCAUGGAAGUAUUCAAUAUUAUCGCGCAAAUCCAGGACCAGCUGACUCGUGCGCAAAGUAUCGAUAGCAUGCUUAAUAUUACCGUGGGGAUCGUGAAGGCGUUGACCGGAUUCCAUCGCAUUUUAGUCUACCAGUUCGAUAACGAUUGGAAUGGGUAUGUGGUGUCGGAGUUGCUUGAUCCCAAGCAUUCGAAGGACUUUUACAAAGGGCUACACUUCCCGGCAUCAGACAUCCCCAAGCAAGCGCGCGAUCUCUACCGGAUCAACAGGGUGCGUUUGCUGUACGAUCGGGACCAACAGACGGCUCGUCUCGUCUGCCGCACCCUUGAAGACCUAAAACACCCGCUCGAUAUGACCUACACAUAUCUCCGUGCCAUGUCACCGAUCCAUCUCAAGUACCUGGCCCACAUGGGGGUACGCGCAUCCAUGUCGAUCAGCAUCAACUCUCCGUCAUCCCUCUGGGGGUUGAUUUCAUGCCAUAGCUACGGCACCGGCAUGCGCGUCACCUUCCCCAUCCGGAAGAUCUGCCGACUGAUCGGGGACACGGUCUCUCAGAACAUCGAACGUCUCUCGUACACGUCAAAGUUGCAGGCGCGCAAUCUCAUCAACACCAUGCCCAUGAGCGCAGAUACGUCUGGCUACAUAGUCGCGUCGCCGGACGACCUACUGAAGCUGUUCGAUGCCGAUUAUGGGGCCCUGUGUAUCCAUGGCGAGACAAAGCUCUUGGGCGGCAAUGUCAACACCGAGUCGACUCACUCGCAAGAGAUACUAGCGCUGUUGGAGUAUCUCAAGAUGCGCCGUUUCAACUCAGUGCUCGCAUCCCACAACAUUAAACGGGACUUUGCCGAUCUACGCUAUCUCCCGGGUUUCAAGGUCGUGUCGGGGAUGCUGUAUGUGCCGUUAUCCACCGACGGCGGAGAUUUCAUGGCGUUCUUCCGUCGCGGCCAACUGACGGAGAUCAAAUGGGGAGGAAACCCUCACGAGAAAGAAAUUGGCCAUGGUCACCUGGAGCCGCGGGCGAGCUUCAAGGUAUGGACCGAGAUGGUGCUCGACCAAUCUCGUGAGUGGACGAGCUCAGAAGUCGAGACGGCGGCGCUGUUGUGCUUGGUGUACGGAAAGUUUAUCCGAGUACGGAAACAGAGGCAGACAGCUAUGCAGGGAUCGCACUUGACCAAGAUCCUGCUGGCCAACUCAGCGCACGAGUUCCGCACGCCGUUGAACGCCGUCAUGAAUUACCUCGAGAUCGCUCUCGAAGGCGCGCUGGACGCUGAAACCCGCGAGAACCUGAGCAAAUCGUAUUCCGCAUCCAAGUCGUUGAUUUACGUCAUCAAUGAUAUUCUGGAUUUGACCAACACCGAGAAGGGAAACGAGCUCACCUCGGACGAUGCAUUCGAUAUCGCGACCGUUUUCCAAGAAUCGACGAGCAUGUUUGAAACGGAAACCAAGCGGAAAGGCCUUAAGUACACGGUGGUGGCGCAUCCGGGUCUUCCGAAGACGGUGAUGGGCGACCAGCGGCGUGUGCGACAGACGAUCUCGAAUUUGAUUUCCAACGCCGUCCAGAACACCUCAACCGGAGGCGUCACCGUUGAAAUGUGGCGCUGCCCCGACUUACAAGAACCAGGCAAGGCAACCAUCUUCAUCUCAGUCCUUGACACCGGCACGGGAAUGUCCCAAGACAUCCUGGAAACGCUAUUCCAAGAACUCGAGCAACAUGAAUCUAUCCGCGCACUCAUGGACCCCCAAGACCAGCGGGUCCUAGGCCUGGGUCUGGCGCUCGUCUCGCGGGUCGUUCACAACAGCCGCGGACAGCUCAGCGUCCGGUCCGAAGAAGGGAAGGGCAGCCGAUUCCAGGUCUCGCUCGAGUUCACCGUCGCAGAAGAAAAUACGGACCCCGUCAGCGCCAGCCAAGCAGCCCCUUCAGCCGAAAGUAUUGAGACGCCGUCGCCGCUUCAAGGCAGCGACGAGUUUGUGCUGGUGGACGGCGAGCAGAGUCGCCGACCCAGUGCCACCUCUAAUCCCUCAUUUCGCAAAGAUUUGCCGCCCUCGACUGAGGAACCAGCUCCGACACCCAAACAGGCCCCGACAUCCCACCCGGAGCCUCCCAAACCGCCAGAGCCAAGCGCCCCAACCACCCUUCGCGUCUUGGUCGCGGAAGACGAUCCCAUCAACGGCAAAAUCGUAGAAAAGCGUCUCAACAAGUCGGGCCACACCGUGCGUCUCACCGUCAACGGAGAAGACUGCGCAGCAGUCUACCGCGAGGAUCCCACCCAGUACGAUGCCAUCCUAAUGGAUAUCCAGAUGCCCAUCGUCGACGGCAUAACCUGCACCAAAAUAAUCCGAAACUUCGAAACCGACUCACCCAAAGUCCCCCUGUCCGAUGCAGCACAGCACAACGGCCGCGUGCCCAUCUUCGCCGUGUCGGCAUCCCUCUCGGAAAAGGACGCGCCCAUGUACAUGGAAACCGGAUUCGACGGGUGGAUCAUGAAGCCCAUCAACUUCACACGGUUAAAAGUAUUACUCGAUGCACUCCAGCAUCCCGACGUGAGACGCGAGGUUGCAUACAGCCCCGGACACUCCUGGGAAGAGGGGGGCUGGUUCACGCCGCCGACGUAG